GACCAUUCAAGUAAUGUUCAGCCCAGCAUCGAUAUUUGACAUUGUAUUUCGAAUUUGAAAUGCUGACACUCACUGAGUAAAUAACAACACGUGUGAUCGGCAAAAUGUUCUACAUUAUUGGAUUGGGACUCGGUGAUCCGAAGGAUGUAACGGUGAAAGGAUUGGAAAUCAUUAAAAAAUGUGAACGCGUUUAUUUGGAGUCAUACACAUCAAUAUUAACUUGUGGCCAAGCUGCGUUGGAAGAGUUCUAUGGACGACCGUUGAUUAUUGCCGACCGUGAGCUCGUUGAAUCCGGUGCUGAUGAGAUUUUGAGAGAUGCUGCCAACGUUGAUGUUGCGUUGUUGGUCGUUGGCGAUCCAUUCGGUGCAACAACUCACACUGAUUUCAUUAUCCGGGCUCAAGAGAAAAAUAUUAAAUUCCAUGUCGUGCACAAUGCAUCGAUUAUGAAUGCCGUCGGCUGUUGUGGCCUUCAAUUGUACAGUUUUGGCGAAACUAUUUCCAUUCCAUAUUGGAGCGACACUUGGCAACCAGACAGCUUUUAUGAUAAAAUCAAAGUGAAUGUUGCCAAUAAUUUCCAUACACUCUGCUUAUUAGACAUUCGAGUGAAAGAACCCACCUUGGAGUCACUGACGCGAAAGAAGCGCGAAUAUCAACCGCCACGUUUUAUGAGCGUAAGUGAAGCAUCGCAGCAAUUGUUGGAGAUUCUGAAGAAACGACGCGCCGAAGGAAUUCCAAACGCAGAUCUAGCCUACACGGAAAAUUCAUUAUUCGUUGGACUGGCUCGUGUUGGUCAUGAUACACAGGCCAUCAAAGCUUGCUCACUUCAAAAAAUGGCUGAAACCGAUUUGGGCGCUCCAUUGCAUUCACUCAUUUUACCAGCCAAGAAAUUACAUCCACUCGAAAUCGAAUAUUUACAACAAUUUUCCCAAACUAAAUUACUCGAGAAAUAAAUUAUUUUUGUUUUUGUAACUUGUAA